CAAAGAAGCCACAAGCACAGGAAAGUUGAACCAGGAGAAUGAGCACAUCUAUAACCUGUGGUGCUCUGGUCGAGUGUGUUGUGAGGGCAUGCUAAUCCAGCUGAGGUUCCUCAAGAGACAAGACUUACUGAAUGUCCUUGCUCGGAUGAUGAGGCCAGUGAGUGAUCAAGUGCAAAUAAAAGUAACCAUGAAUGAUGAAGACAUGGAUACGUAUGUAUUCGCUGUAGGCACACGGAAGGCGUUGGUGCGACUGCAGAAGGAGAUGCAAGAUCUGAGUGAAUUCUGCACUGAUAAACCUAAGUCUGGAGCAAAAUAUGGGCUGCCAGACUCUUUGGCAGUCCUGUCGGAGAUGGGAGAGGUCACAGAGGGAGUGAUGGAU